GCUGCCUGGCCACACCUCCGCGUAAGAGCUGGAGAGGGGACAUGCUGCUGCUUCCAGGAGCUGCUUGAGGGCCCCGACAAAGCCCGUUCUCAGCUGCUGAUCGUGGACCGAAGCUUCGAUCUGGUGUCCCCACUGCUGCACGAGCUCACCUACCAGGCCAUGGCCUACGACCUGCUCAGCAUCGAGAAAGACACCUACAAGUACGAGACGAUGGGCAUCAGCGACUCGCAGGAGAAAGAGGCGCUGCUGGACGAAGACGACGAACUCUGGGUGCAGCUACGCCACAUGCACAUCGCUGACGUCUCCAAGAAGGUGACGGAGCUGCUGCGCACCUUCUAUGAGAGCAAGAGGCUGACCACGGACAAGGGGGCUCCAAGCGCUGGGAGCGGCCGGGAUCUCACCACCGCCUCCCUCCAGGCCAACAUCGAGGACCUGUCCCAGAUCCUGAAGAAGAUGCCCCAGUAUCAGAAGGAGCUGAACAGGUACUCCACGCAUCUGAACCUGGCCGAGCACUGCAUGCAGCACUUCAAAGGAAGAGUGGAGAAGCUGUGCAGCUUGGAGCAGGACCUGGCUAUGGGGACGGACGUGGACGGGAAGAAGAUCAAGGACCCCAUGAAGAUCAUCUUGCCUGUCCUGCUGGACCCCAGCGUGCAGGCCUACGACAAGAUCCGCAUCAUCCUGAUCUACAUCUUCCUGAAGAAUGGUGUGGACAAGGAGAACUACUGGUGCUUAUUACAAGUGAAUUAA